AUGAGUGCGAGGCAGUCAUCUGCCACCUCUUCACCAUCCAAAACUUCGAGACGGCAAUCUAGCGCAUCUUGCAGCUUCACCUCGGAGCCAGGAUUAUCGCUUAGGGACCACAGUCCUGAUCGAGUUUCGUCGUCUUCUUCCACUGAAUACCAGCCCGCAACACCCCCUGAUAUCUCUCUAGAUAACCCCAGCUGGAAAUUUGCAGAUGAAUUCCAAACGCGCCGCCGCCUCCAGAUGGCUGGAGCGUACAUGACCGAUACGGAAACGAUGUUGGAAAGCCCUACAUCUCCUGGCCCUGGGUUUUUUGAUCUCCCAGCUCCUGAAUCAUACUACACCCAACAAAAAUACGCCUUUCCCCCGACACCUCCAAAUACCGCCAUCCAUCCUUCAUAUCAAUAUCGUCGGAGUUUCGAUAUGGGCAAAUUGAAUAUAAGUAAGAACAAACAGCAAGGACGGGCUUCCGUGCAGUCAGGUUCCAAACGAAGCGCGUCACGAGAUGGCGACCACCCAUUACUGUAUCGGAAGUUUGAGUCAUUGAACCAUCGCUUGCUGCACCAUCUCCAGGAAGAAAUCGCGCAGAUGGAAGAGGACCUCUCCAUCCUUGACGAAGUCGAAGAGGUACGACGAGUCGCCGUCAAUGUUAGAAAUUCUGGAAGGCAGAAACUGCUAUCAACCAAGCAUCAGGACCUUCAGUCUGAGGAAUUAUCAGCUCUUCACCAGAGGAAGUUUGAACUGGUUGAAAAACUAGUGCUGAAGACGGAGCAAUAUAACCGUGCUCUCUGCUCAUAUCGUGAGGUCUCUCGCAAACUACUCACUGCCACGACCGACGAGGUCGACGCCUACCGUACUUGGAUCCAUGAGAAUUCCUCAUCGUCCAAGUCUGAUCUGAGGUUCCUCGCCAAUGAUAAUGACCUCAUUCUACUCGGGGACCGUUCAGCGUCCGCCCGUUCCCCGAAUCCAAUAUAUUCUACCAUUGCCACCGCUUCAGCUGCCAUCCUAUUCCCACUUCUUGCCUUUGGUGUUAUUUCCGAGUUCUUUGGUCGCAUUGCCGUCGUAUCCAUUGUUGGAGGUGCAACGGCUUUGUUUGCAUCAAAUGGACCAGCUGGUCAUGAAUAUUUGAUCGAUCCACAUGAUGGGUGGAGAUGUGCCGCACUGUAUUUCGGCUUCAUGGCUGCAGCAGCCAUCAUUAUUUAA